UGUACUGUAAAGCUGCGACUCAUGUGGCCACUGCCGUCAUGGCAGUGAGGCUAUCAGCCUCACUCUCUCUUCGCUGUCUCCAGCUCGCUCCGUUGAUGUCUCGACUCGAUCUGAUGCGGUUCCCCCUCGGGGUCGUCUAUGGAAGCCGGGACCCGCUGGUAGAGGCGAACAUUUCUCACGAGGUCGGCCGGCUGCUGGGCGUGGAGGAGUGGGAGGAGGUGGCGCGUAGAGGUGACACACCCCUAGAGGAUGGCGCUGAAUUAUCAGAGGGGCAGCGAUAUAUCCGUGGAUUACGUAUAGCCGGUGGUUCUCACUUCUGCUUCAAAGAUCAACUGGACAAUGUCACCUCAAUGAUUCUUGACCUAUUAGUUCACACUACCAAGAACGCGGCAAAAGCUGCACGCAGUUGAAGCUGGUUGGCUAUCGGAGGUGCUGCCCUCGUGUGGCCAAGAAUGUUAUUGUGACAAGAAUGAAUGUGAUGUAAUCAAAUUGCUAUUACAUUAUUAAUAAAUACUUUCAACGGGUACAUGUGGCACAUGAUUAGAUCAUACAGAUGUGCAAAUAGUUGUGAAUAGUAAAUUAUCUAUUUAAGUUGCUAAUUAUAGACAUUUAUGAACAUUGUAGCAAACAUGUUGCUAGUAAUGUGAGAGGUGGGAGGGUGUUUGUGCCAUCCGUUACUUUCAGUGUAAAAAAACGAUGUUACGGUUACCCAGCA